CGAGUCGAUCGAGUUGCGAACUGUUGGUUCCUGUCUCUCUGUAGCAUCGAAAUUCGAAAGUCCAGCUGCUGCUCCAGCCCGUAAUUCGGCUCCCACCCGAAUGCUUCUCUCAAUCCUAGCCAAAAGCUUGUUCCAACACAAACCCUGGUAUAGGAUCCCCGGAAAACCUUAACCAGAUUCAUCGGAACAUUACCAGACAGUUUCAGCGAGAGGAAGUAUGUCUCUCACAGGCGUGAGGAUGUCGGAGGAUGUGUGGCUGACUUGUCUCACCCACGCCUUGUCUACCGAGACCGAGGAGAUCAUGGGCCUUCUCCUCGGCGAUAUUGAGUACUUGAAAAAUGGCAGAGUGAACGCACUUAUUUGGGGAGCAUCACCUCAGUCACGGUCUGAUCGCCGAAAGGACAGGGUCGAGACCAAUCCGGAGCAGUUGGCUGCUGCAUCUGCCCAGGCUGAGAUAUCCUUAUCGUUAAUCUUAUUUUGUGACAUUUUCCUUGUGCUAAAUUUACUUGCUAUUAGUCUGCACAGGAUGACUGCAACGACAGGUAAAACAACAAGAGUGAUAGGGUGGUACCAUUCACAUCCUCAUAUUACAGUGCUUCCUUCUCAUGUUGAUGUGCGGACUCAGGCUAUGUAUCAACUUUUGGAUCCUGGAUUUAUUGGUUUAAUAUUUUCUUGUUUCAGUGAAGACACAAAUAAGGUUGGAAGAAUCCAGGUAAUUGCAUUCCAGUCAUCAGAUGGGAGGCAGAAUAAUAUAUCAGGGCCUAUACCGGUAUCAGUUGUAAAUAAAAGUUAUAUAGACGUUGAAUCAUCGCUAAGCACCUCAGAAAACGCAUUAGUGAAAUCUGGGUCAGGUAGAGGUGACAGCCCUGAACAAGACACUGGUGAUUCCAAAUUAGUAGCAGCAUCCCUGAAGGGUACAGGAAGACCUUCCGAGUUGGGGGAUUUCUUUGCAAAUGCUGAUGCCAGUUAUUCUGGAGGUGGGAGUUCUAGAUCGAGUGGCCCCACAGCAAAUUUGGACAUUGCAGUUGUUGAUAUUGACCCCAUGGAUAUGUCAGAAGGGAUGCAAGAAGCUAUGCACCGCUCUAAUAUGGACAUGAGCGGCGCAGAGUAUAUAAGGAAAGAAAUUACUCUUCAAGUUUUACCCACUUGGUCUCUUCUCAAUCUCGAUUCACCUUUAACGUCCUUGACUGAUUUACAACGUGUAUUAUUUGAAGAGGAAAGAGGGGCUUAUAGUCAAGCCAUCACCCAGAACUUGAGGAAUGGAAAAGUAAAUCCCCUCGCGUUCAUUCACCAAACCUCUACUUAUCAAGCUUCCCUUUGUAAAUUGAUCGAGUACUGCUUGAGUCCUGCUAUAAGUGCCCUCCAGGAUCGCUUACGAGAGAAUGAAGUUAGGCUGGCGUUGCUCGCUGAUGAGGCCAAGUUUCUGGAGAAAGAGAUGGCACAGAAUGGUGAGCCAGCCGGCAGCAGGUCACCUGUCCAAGUAUCAUCGCCUGGUGGCAGAGGAAGUGUGUCACCACAGCAGAAGAGCUUACAUGGUCCAUCUGGAUCCCAUGGUCAAAGAGCUUCAGCUGGCGUGGGUAAUCGACACUGAUACAGAAGGGUCAUUCAACUGCCAUUGGAUGUGUAUUGUGUAUGCUUGUAAUUUUCCAACAUGGUUCAUGGUUUGCUUGCCUGGUUGAGCCGCCGCUGGUUAGUUUUUGGACGUCGAAGAAAGUUGGCAUGACGAAAUCCACGUUGGUUGCUGUAACAAGGGAAUAUGUAAAAAUGCAGUUCAUAAGUUGCAGUAUUCGUGGAGAUCGGUGUUGUCAUUAAGUUAUUUUGGAGUUUGUUUGUUUAUAAGCAUGUUUAAUAUGGAAUUAGCUUGUAUGGAUUUAUUGUCUUGAUGGUUAUUAGAGAUUUUUAUCCUCUAUAUUGAAAAGCUCAAGUUCUGCAGGGAUAAUUUCACAUUUUGGAAUCUCUAUAAACAGUAACAUUUUGGAAUCUCUAUAAACA